GUGAAUCCUGCAGCACCUGUUUGACCAUCUGUAGACCUUGUGCGGUUCAUGGAGCGAAGUGAUAAAGCGGUCGUUGGAGAGACCAACAAAACGCCGAGCACCAUGAACGAAGGAGACGCCGGGUACGGCAGUGUGCCAGGCCGCGGGCAGCCGGGCAGUGCGGCCGACUCAGAGACUGCGCCGCUGCUCUCCCCGGAGCCUGGAGCGGAGCCGGGUCAGCAGCGGAAUUCCCUGACCAAGGAGGAGGUGGAGGUUGUCGCGGGAGGUCCAAGGUGGCGGAGGCUGCGUUGCUACCUGGUGGUGGUGUUCUGGCUGAUAUUGGUGGCCAUACUCGCCGCAGCCAUCACUAUCAUACUGUUGAGCCCCCGGCCUGUCGUUACGCCGCUCAAGUGGUGGCAGAAGUCUCUCUUCUACCGAGUGCAGCCCGCCUUGUUCACGGAGGCACACACCAGGGGGUCAGGGGACAUGAACGCACUGUGUGAGCAGUUUCCCUACCUCAAGUCUCUGGGAGUAGGGACCUUAAUCCUGGAGGGCCUGUUUGAAGAGGCAACCCCACUAAAUGCCAGUGGUACUGGUGAAAGGUAUGGGAUGUUGCGUCAGAUCCAGCAUCUGAUCACAGAAAGUAACAAAACAGGGCUCAAAAUGGUGUUGGACCUCUGUGAAUUGAAUCUGCUGGGACCAGAUGAUGUCACAAGAGAUGCAGCAACAGUCCAACAUGCACUCAGGUUCUGUUUCCAUUUCUCAGCCUGCAAGUACUCAACUUUUAUUUGGAAACUGAAGCGGUGAAGUCGGGGAUUCGGUUUUUCAGUCUUA